AUGGACAACAAGUACAGGGUGCUGCUGCAACACCACCAACAGGACGUGGUCAGGGAUCUAGACGUGACUUACAUCCUGGACGAGCUGUUCACGAACAACGCGAUAUCGAACGAGGACUUCGACAAUAUCUACAAGUUGACGAGCCGCGUCGACCGGACCAGAUACCUGAUCGACACGCUGCUGCAGAAUGGCACCAACAGCAGCUACGAGGCGUUCGUAGACAGUCUCGCCAAGGACUGGCAGUGGCUGUACAAGAAGUUCACCGACGACAGCAACGGGGCGAUGCUGAACGACAGCUUCGAGGACGGCCUCAGCAGGGGGGACGUGCCGCGGCUGCCGGACCACUACAUCAGGAGGGCCGCGGUGGAGCAAGAAGUGGCCGCCAAGCUGAGAGCCCUCAGCCGCCACAAGAUCCUGGCGCUGCACGGUAUGCCCGGCUGCGGGAAGACCACCGUGGCCAUCAGCGUGCUCCGCAACGGCCCGGAGCUGAUCACGAACAACUUCAACGGGGCGGUCUUCUGGCUGAACUUCGGCAAUUGCAAGACCGACGACGACAUCACGGCGCUGCAGAACAAGUUGUACCGCAAAGCGUCUUCGAUGUUGUCGCAGGGCUCCUACAUGAACUCGUCGAUCUCGAUGUCGAGCAUCGGUUCGAAUGCGGACAGCCAUUCGCUCUACGACUGGUCCUGGCAGGACAUGAGGGACCGGCUGAAGUCCCAGUUCCUGGACCAGACCCUCAAGGAGUGCUUGCUGGUGCUGGACGAGCUGAACGAGAAACGCUGCUUGGACGCAUUCGACAUCGGCUGCAAGAUACUGCUAACGACGCCCGACACCGACGUCGUACUAAACUACCAAGCGCAGAUCGUAAAGGUCGAAAAUAACUUCACUGAAAAGGAAACUCUAGAGCUAUUCUCCUUAUGCCUCGACCAGCCUGUGGCAGAGUUGCCGAGGCAGGCCAGGAAGCUGCACGAGAUAUGCAAAGGCAGCCCUUUCCAUAUCGCCCUGAUGGGUGCCCAGCUUACAGAGAAUCGAGAGAGGUUCAAGCAUGAUCAUAAAUAUUGGAACUACUACUUGAAUAAGUUGGAAAAGAGGGAUUUCUUCUUCUUAUCAAGACAUCACGAUAACCCGAAAAAGACCGUUGAAGUCUGCAUUAAUCUUUUACAGCCAAACAUACUGGCACUGUUCAAGAUGCUAACGGUGUUGCCGGACAAUGUAAAGUUCUCCGCUAAAGUCCUGAGCAAGUUGUGGAAUAAAGAGCUGACAGAAGUGGAGUCAAUCAUAAAACAGUUACGCAGUAACAAAGUUAGAUUAACAGGGCCUGCGGACGUUAUUUCGGAUUUACAAAAGUACGAAAACUAUAUUGCCGAAGAUACACUUGAUAAAGAGUUGCUUUACAGCAUCAAGGCUUAUCUCAGCACUCACGGCACCGACCUGUACCGAUAUCCUUGCACGGAUAUAGUCCAAAGCAUUCUGCAGCACGAAUCUAAAGGGAUCCUAUACACGAAAGCUUCGGCCAUUGCGCACGAUGGCAGUGCUAAGAACGAGCUUUACUUUGAGUUUCUACAUGAGCAGAACAUUGAAGAAAUAAAACAUUCAACAAUAGAUGUCAAGGAGACGAUCACAGCUGUUUGUUUUCUUGGUGACCAUGUACUUAUUGGCACCAGUUCAGGUGUCAUAAAGUUCUUCCACAUAUCAACUAACAGAUUGGAGAAAGAGCUGGCAGGGAGAGGGUCUGCAAUAAAGUGGAUCGGAGCUUGUCCGAUGAAUCCUCCGAUAGUAGCGGUGCUCGAUUCCAGCGGGUAUAUAACUGUAUGGUACAUUGACGACAUUGGACAGGACGAAACUGACGAUGUAAUCGAAGAAGAAACGGAGGAAUCCUUCAACAACAACUACGCGAACGUGGUGACCAUCCACCCGAAGCUGGGGCCGUUCCUGAACUGCCGCUGGGCGAACAACGAGGAGACGCUGAUCGCGCACACGUCCAACAUGAUCAUCCUAUACGACCCCAGCGGCGCAGUGGUCAAAGUGAUCGACACGUUCGACCGCGAGCGCCAGAUCCGCCGCUGCGUCCCGUGCAACAACGACAAGCAGCUGAUCGUCGCCACGAACGGCGCCCACAGCCUGGAGCUGGUCGACCUGACCUCCAAGGAGAGGGUCCUGGCCUUCGAGGAGACGGAGCCCGUCUCCGAUGUCCUGACUGUCCCGGGUUGCAACAGAAUAAUCACGCUCUCCGACAGGGUGGUAAAGGAGCACGAAUACAAAAUGAACGCCGGCUCCUACCAGAAUGUGUGCAAAGUUUGCAUCUGCAAGCGUGUGCUCUCCAGCGAUGACAUCAAGGAGAGUGUCACCUUCAUAUCGAUGGCCGUGAACAAAUCCGGCACUCUGCUCUUCGUCUCGACGGACGACAGCCGCGUCAUCUGCGUGGACCUCCGCACCAACUCCAGGGUCUUCGACCUGGACAACCGAAGGGGGAACGUGACGUCGAUGGCGGUAAGCGAGGUGAUGAUGUGGGACGACUUCAUGCCGGGCUCCGACGUUUUGCUCACCGGCACCGGAAUGGUCGAGAACUCGGCCAAAGUGUGGUUCUUAGACGCCUCCUUUGUAUCGCAGAACACGCAUAAAAAUAGCAAAGUCCGCCUGACGACGACGUUCGACGUGAGCUUCGUGGGCGCAACCUCGCCGCAUACGCCCAUCGUCCCCCCCACCGGCGGCUCGCAGAGCAUAGACAACACGCCGCGCCGCCACAAAUCGUUCGCCGCGCACAAGGACAGCGAGAAGAAGCUCGCGAAGAAGACGAUGAGCCUGGACAGGCACAACCUGCGCCCGCUCAACCUCAAGGGCAUCUGCAACGGCAGCGACACUGGCCCCCAGCCGCUACUCGCCGUCGUGGACGAGAAGAACAGCAUCCAGGUGAUGCGCGGCAGGAAGCUGCUGGCCGAGAUAUCGCCGAAGACAGACGACCGCAUCACCGCCGUGAGGAUAUCGCCGUGCAACCAGUACAUCGUGUACGGGCUCGGCUCCGGCGUGGUGAAGAGAUACGCCCUCAGGUCGAAGGAGACUAGAGACGUGGUGGACGUGUACAGCGCGGUGCACUAUCUGAACUUCGUCAACCCCGACCUGAUGAUCGUGGCGGGCAAGAACCGGUGCCUGAUGGCGUACCGGUUCACGAGCGACGGCAGCUGGAAGCCCGAGAUGCUGCAGCGGGGCAACACCCAUCUCGGCUCGCAGGAGAUACUGAAUGAUAUACAAGGUUUCAAGAAGAAACUCAGCCCAGAGAAGAUAUCGACGUCUAGCAGCGACACCAGCAUCAGCUCCAGGGACCGGCUGUUCCCCAACGGUGACGCAAAGGGCCGUCUCUGCAAAUCCAGCAGCCUGGUGGCCUGCUUCUGGCUGGCCGAAGCCGGUCUGAUGACGGUCGAGAGCAACGCCACCAUCAAACUGUGGGACAGGCAUCUGCAAGUCGCGUGCAUCCUCAACGGAAGGCAGACGGACGUUUACGUCAACUGCGCAGCAUUCCAGAAGAACAUACUCGUAAUCUGCGACGACUACAACAAGGGUUUCCAAACAUUCGAGCUAAAAACCGGUGAAAAGAUGGAGCUGCAUUCAAUACAGGAGUACAGAUUGAAUAACCGCAUAGUUUCUUGUGACCUCACUACCAAUGGAAGUUUGUUAGCCAUGGGACUUGAUUCUGGAGAUGUUAUGGUUUGGCAUGUGACAAACCAAAGGCAACUGAGGUUUAUUAAACACCAUAAGACUAGAGUGCAGUGGUGCUGUUUCUCACCUGUCCCUGAUCGUUUAUCAAGAAGCAGUAUGUACUCUACGUCGCCUCAGACGAACCAGUCUCCUACUCUAAUGGAAGAUGAAGAACAACCGCCAUUGGUGUUAGUGACUAUGGCAUCGGAAAUCGUGUGGUGGAAUAUAACAUAUUUGAUCAAGACACGAGCAAAUAAAGGCUUUUGGAGAAAUCGCUGGAAUGCAGUUACGCCCAUCGCAAGUCCAAUAGACACUGUGAACAUUCCAACAGCCAUGGAGAACCUUACAAUUGACCUGUCAAAAAACAACUUUUUUUUUGGAACUGGUCCCUUAAACGCGCAGGAAUGCUGGAAAUGCAUCUGGAAGGGAAAAACACACAAAGAGGGCUCAAAAAGGAAGGAAAUACUAGCAUGCGUCAAAUUAUCUGGUGUCAACGCCAGGAAGUUGUGCCAUGAUGAAAAGUUCUCAUGCUUUGUUACAGUAGACCAUCCUGGACAUAUCCACAUCAUGAAUUUAAUAUGCGCACAUUCUUCC